AUGGCGGUGCGGAGCCGCGGCGCUUGGCGGCGGCUGCUGCUGCUCCUGCUCCUGGCCGGCUCCGCCGCCAGCCCGGCGGAGGAGGGCGGCGGGCGGCGGGAGGCGGGCGGCGGGGAGCACGGCGAGGAGGCGGCGCGGCCUCACCACGACUCCUCGUACGGCACCUUCGCCAGCGAGUUCUACGACCUGCGCUACCUCUCCGAGGAGGGUUACCCUUUCCCUACUGCUCCUCCUGUGGAUCCAUUUGCAAAAAUCAGAGUGGAUGACUGUGGAAAAACCAAGGGAUGCUUCAGGUACGGUAAACCAGGAUGCAAUGCGGAGACUUGUGACUACUUUCUAAGUUACCGUAGAAUAGGAGCUGAUGUUGAAUUUGAGUUGAGCGCCGAUACUGAUGGCUGGGUGGCGGUCGGAUUUUCCUCAGACAAGAAAAUGGGAGGAGAUGAUGUCAUGGCUUGUGUUCAUGAUGAUAACGGGAGAGUCCGAAUUCAGCACUUCUAUAAUGUCGGUCAGUGGGCUAAAGAAAUCCAGAGAAAUCCUGCUAGAGAUGAAGAAGGAGUUUUUGAAAACAAUCGUGUGACGUGUCGAUUCAAGCGUCCUGUAUAUGUUCCCCGAGAAGAAACCAUUGUAGAUCUGCACUUGAGUUGGUACUAUCUGUUUGCUUGGGGUCCAGCAAUUCAGGGUUCUAUAACUCGUCAUGAUAUAGACUCACCACCCGUAUCAGAGCGUGUUGUCAGUAUUUACAAGUAUGAAGAUAUUUUCAUGCCAUCAGCUGCCUAUCAGACCUUCUCUUCUCCAUUCUGCUUGCUCCUCAUUGUUGCACUGACCUUCUAUUUAUUGAUGGGAACCCCGUGACUGAUGGAAAAUAGCAAGAAUUUGUCAGUGGAAGUUUCUCAGGAUGGACUGCUAUACGGAUGGACAAUGCGUUUUUCUAUUGGAAUUUAUAUCACACCACCAUCAUCAUCUAGCUGCUUCUGAACAUAGUUAGCUUCUCAGAAGAAUGAAGUAACCACCUCCUUUGAGUGGCGGAGUGGUGACAAAUCAUUUAAGAAUAAUCAGUGAACACAUAGGAGAAUACUUUCAGUGUUGUGAAUACUUGCUUAAAGAAAUGGAGACUUUUGUAAAAUCAAUGUGCGUGCGUGUGUAUGUGUGCUUGGGAGGGGUGUCUGUACGUGUGUUUAGGUGAAUUUAGGUGAUGGACAUCUUAUCAAAUAACAAAAUUGCCUUCCAAAUUGCUCCCAAAAAGCAAAUUUGGGAAAACAUUAUAAUGCUGUUUGGGAGUUCUGGUGCAGAUGGCACUGCUCCACGUGCAGUUUCUGAACUUAAGAUGAGGAUACCCACACAGCGGUAUAAAACCUGCCCUUCAGUAAUGGACAGUUCUCCCAGAUUUUUUUUAUAUUUGUCAAGGUUUACUUGCUCUGAUACUUUCCAAGACUAAACUUGCAUAAUCAAACAUUAACAUGAUUUUUUUUCAAUGGAAAAGAGGUGAUGAAUAUCUUUGUAACAAUAGCAUUUCAACAGCCUUUUUGAAAGAAGUGGCUACUUCUUUUAUGAGUGAGAUAUAAAGUGAUUUAAACAAGAGGAAGGGAGAAUAUAGUAAUGUAAAUUCUCCAUGUAUAGGAAAAACAGAUGUAAAAUAUAGAGAAUAUAAAAGUUCCCAACAAGCCAUAGGAUGUCCUCCCAAUAUAUUAAAUCAUUUUUUCUCUUUUUGUGAAAAAAAAACCAACAACCCAGUAAUAUUGCUGACAUGUAAAUAUGUUUUUAAGCAGUUGUGUAGUGGUAUGAAGUAAUCUGUUUUUCUGUGUUGUAUGCCUGUAUAUCCCAUUCAUGUUAAAAAUUAAUAUGGGCAGCUGGUGUUAACUUACAAGGAAAUGGAAAUAUAACUGAGAUUACUUGUAAGGAAAGGUAGGGAUUAAUAAGAGCGGUAUCUUAAUGUCAUCAAACCGUUGCUAGAAUGUAGUUACUGUGGAAAAAGAUGAGCUAAAGAGGAAAUACAUCAGAUAUUUUUUAUCACCAAUAAAUAUUACAAAGAUGAGUGCUAAAUAUUACCGAAACGGAAAGUGUCAAAAGGUAUUUAUGAGCCACAGAGUAUUAUGAAAAACUUUGAUUUCUUGUGGAGAAUUUCUGUUCUUCACAUAACAGGAAGUGUAUGACACAUAUACGUGUAGUAGUCAAAUGUGCUUAGGUAAGGCUGCUCAUUCACUUCCCAACUUGCAUUAGAAUUCUGUAUAAGUAGAAUUAAAAUUUGAAUUGUGCCAAAGUUCUAUCUAAUAUGGUACGCCUGAGGACUCUGUAACAUAGGAUCUGGUAAAGUAUGUGGUGGACCUUAUUUCUAUUUUCAUUGCUGCAUAGAGUAAAAAGAUUAACUAGC